AUGGGAUCAUUCACCUCCAUUUCUCUCACCUUCCUCAACAAAAUUUCCGACCAAAAUGACCGGAUAACUGCAGCUUCCGACUUCGACGGGAGCUCGGAGACUGAGCUCUACUGUUCCAUAUGCCUAAACGACAUAUGCGGCGGCGAUGGGUGCCGGAAGCUGCCGGAAUGCGGCCACACCUUCCAUUCGAGGUGCAUUGAUGUGUGGCUUCAAUCACACUCCACGUGUCCUCUUUGCAGAGCUCAACUGCCUCAGAUUAUUUCACUCAAUCGGAGUCAAUACGAGUGGAAAGAUGUCGUGUCCACGCUUUUGGCGCUGAUUAACGAUUUUCUGCACAAAAUGUGCAAUCCUCUCAACGAUGAGCUCUCGUCCAUGCUGUGUGCCAACAUUUAA